ACUCUUGCGCAAUUUCCCUUACUUGACAUUGUUCGCGCGCAGUUAUGCCAUGCACAUGUCAAAAUUAGAAGUUAUGUGAAGGUGGAAGUGCGUGGUAACCGAUUUUAAAGUGAAAUGGAUAAGUAAGUUUAUAUAAUUGUAAUAUUAAAUCAACAGACUUAUAUAAUUUCAUUUUAGAUUCGUGGUUAAGAAACCGAGAGCAGCCGUGGAGGAAGAAAUUGGAGUGGAGGAAGAAAUUGAUGUGGAGGAAGAAAUUGAAGUGGAAGAAAAUAUUUAUGAGAAUGAAACAGAAACAUUGAAAAGGAACAGGAAGUUCAGAGUAGAGUGGCUGAAAAAAUUUCCAUGGCUGCAAAACAAAAGCGGCACGGCUUUUUGCAAAGCGUGCAAUAAAAGUGCUGUCAAUAUUUUGUCACACCUGAAUAGACACGCAAAUUGUUCUACACAUUUGCAAAACAUGGAAUCCAGAAGAAGCCAAAUAUCGAUGGACUCAUUUUUAGAUGCGGAGACAGAACAGAUGAGCAAAAUGAUGAAAAACGCAGAACUCACGAUUGAUAUGUUUUUAAUAGCACACAACUUACCUUUCCUACUAAUGGAUGUCUUUCCUGAUCUUUUAACUGAAUGUUGCCCUGAUUCAGAAGUGGCAAAACGUUUAAAAUGCGCCAGAACGAAAGCGACGAAAAUUACAGACGACAUUUCAAAUGCAACAACUAAGGACCUCAUUUCGAAGUUAAAAUCAUGUAAGUUUUCGAUCACCAUCGACGAAACCACAGAUGUUUCAACUAAAAAGUGCUUAGUGCUAGUUGUAAGAUACGUCGCAAGCUUUAUCGUACGCGAUCGCUUCCUAGCACUCAUAGAAUUACCAAAAUGUGAUGCAUCAUCAGUGUUUGAAGUUUUAAAAAAUUUCUUCCAUAACAACAAUAUUCCGCUUAAAAACAUCAUUGGUUUGGCUACGGAUGGUGCCAAUGUAAUGGCUGGACAUUUAUCAGGUGUAAAAGCUUUGUUGGAGGCAGAAACAAAUAUUUUUUAUUUGAAGUGCACUUGCCAUUCUUUGCACUUAUGCGUAAGUUAUGCCUGUAAAAAACUACCCGGAGACGUUGUUUGGUUAUGUCGAAAUAUAUAUAGUUUUUUUUCGCACAGCCCUAAGCGAGUGCACGAUUUUGCAGAGUUUCAGGACAAUUGCUCUGUAAAACCACAUAAAAUUUUAGGUAUAUCCUACACUAGAUGGUUGUCCUUAGAAGGAGUUGUCUCCCGUUUAAUUGAACAAUGGGACGCCUUAAAACUUUUUUUUAUUAAUUGUAAAUUAGAAGUAAAUGCAGUUCGAUCUGUUCAAUUGGCUGAAAAAAUGAACAACGAAAUAAAAGUUUAUUUCUUAUUUCUUUCGUACGUGUUGCCUCUAAUAAACAAUUUGAAUAAAGAGUUUCAGUUGGAACAAAGUCGUUUGCCAUAUCUUUACUCAAAUAUUAAAUCACAUUACCUUUUAAUUUUGAGCAAUUUUAUUAAAAAGGACAUACAAUUGCACGUCGAUAUUGACUACAAAAACAUUCAUAAUUAUAAUCAAACAUCAAAAAUUUUCAUUGGUACAAAAGCAGAAUUUUUUCUACUAAAAACAAAGGCAACACUAGAAGAAGUAAGUGACAUAAAAGGAGAAAUUUUAAAAUUUUACAUUGCACUUUUAGAUCAAAUCAAAUUAAGAUUUGAUUUCAUGAGAAAGGACUUGGAAAUUUUAAAAAUAAUAACCCCUAUCGAGUUUCUAUCAAACAAUGACAAUUCUAUUUUAGAUUUAAUUUUGCAAUUUGAAUACUUAUGUAAUACUGACUGUGAUAAAAUUGUAUGGACUGACUACAAAUAUAAUGCAAAACGCAAGCUUACCCAGCGCAUGAAAAGUAUGACGAAAACGGGUGGUGGUCCUUAUGAUGCGGUUUCAUUGAACCAUAUGGAGGAACGAAUAGUUGCCGCAGCCAAAAUAGGGGAGCACAUAUCGGGAGUACCAGGCGCAACAUCAUAUGGUUGCCAUACAGACGGACCCAGCUGUUCUACUGCGGCUCCUCAGGCAGACGAUAAUUUCGUUUGUGAAUAUUUGGCCCAAAUCUCGAGCGCCGAUAAUUCUUCUAGUGACGACGAAGGCAAAACAUCAAGGAAGUCUGAGCCUCCAAAAAUUAAUAUACGCGAGGAAGGGCAAAUCGACGAGGUACAACCUGCUAAAACGAAAAGAUGUUCAGACCCCAAAAUCAAACUAAUUGAAAAAGAGAUUGAAAAGCAAGAAAAAUUUCAAAGUGAAGUGUUGAGGCUUUCCUCUCUGAUAAUCGAUUGUUUAUGUCCAAUGGUGUACAUUCUAACAGUUUUUCUUGUCUUUGAGUUAGAUUUUCGUUGCUGA